CCAGCAGCUGCUGCAGAGUGAGAGCUCUCCUCCCUCCCACCCACGUCUCACCUCACGUCACCCUCCUGUGCCUGCACUAACCAAGGCCACCAAGAGCCAGGCUGCUGCCUGCUGCGUGUGUCACUAACCUUGUACCCGAGGGCAGCUCACUGCUGGACUUCCCUCGGCUUAUGUGGCGGCCCUGUCCUGCUGGUGGUCUGGUGAAGGCAUGCAGAGGGUUUCUUCCUCCAUCUCCUGGCUGUCGUGGGCACGAGGACUGUAGCACCAGGCCCUAUGCUAGCUGAGUGCUUGAAUGACCUGAGGUUGGCUUAUCUGGGUGGCCAACCAGCCUGAAGUUCAGUGGGCUGAGCAUGCCAGCUGGAGUAGGAAACCAGGCCUGGGAGGUAACCGUGACUGCUGCCGUGUGCUUACUGUGUGGGAGCCAGCACCGAGACUAACCAUAGAGGGGGCUCAUGAGUGUUCAAAGGGAGGUGAGGGGAUGGGACAGGUUUCCAGGCUCCCUGUGCCCUCGUGAUGCAGCACACUGGCCUGCUAAGGGUUUGGUUGCCAUUUCCUGGCUUCUUAGCUUCCUGCAUGUUGCCCAGCAUGCUGCCUCUGAUCACAGGGUGUCCAGCUCUUCCAGCCCUUAGGCACAGCGGUGCUGCACUCCUGUGGGUAGAGGUGCAGUGGUGGCAGCAAUAUGGCCGUUCCGCUCCCACACACUGGUGUUAAUGGGUUUUGGAGAGGCCCAAAGCACUGUGGGUUGAACACCAGAGGGCAUGGUUGCUCUUCUGUACUGCGCCUUAGAGGGCUGCUGCAGGGGGAAGGGCUCUUCAGGCUCUUUUCCUGGUGCUUGCUUGGUCUGGGUGUUGUGGGAUGGCCCUUCUGUGGGCCUUGUCUCCUUGGUCAUAGGCCUUUGCUGCAUUUUUUGUCCUCUCUUCUGCAAGAGCAGCACUCAGUGCUCUGAGAUUGGGCAGACAAAGGUGGCAGAGCAGUGACCAGCAGCUGGGCCUUCAUGGCAGGGGCUCCUCACGCCCCUCAUGGCUCCUGGGUGGGAGCACAUGUUGUGCAACCCAUGCUUUUUGAAGCAAUAAGGCUGGUGCUGGGGCUUGCUGGGAGCAGUGAAACAGGGCGAGCAGAGCAAGGUGGCCCUGCGCUUACCAUCCUGCGAGGUGCCAGCCCAUGUCCCGAAGGCAAUCCGCUCUGCCCCAGUGGUGCUGUUUCACCUGGGGUCUCCUCCACAGUACAAGCGCCCAUCAGAGGGUGUGAGGCAAGUGGGCAAAGGGAUACAGGGCUGAGGGAGAGAGGAGGAAAGGAAGCACGUGAGGGCAGACAUGCGGAAGGCAAUCAGAGCAAAAAGGGUGGAGGAAAAAAGUCGACUUCUCUUCCUGCCCUACCAUUUGUAAUGGGGACAAGCUGACCUUUUGCAAAACCGAGAAGUGAGGGGUUUAACACUGCUGAGCUACUUCAAUCUGUACAUGGGACAGGGAGAAAAAGGCUGAGUAACACUGCUACAUGGUGAAACAGAUGCCACAGAUGGGACUAGAUACCAGCAACAGGGUCACAGUUAAACCAACAAGCGCCUUUCAGCCCAUGAGUUGGAGCUUAGUCACAGGGUCAUGGUGAAGGCUGGUGAUGUGAGGACAGGAGGUGCCUUCCUGCCCCAGGCUCAGUGUGGGGUCCUAGCUCCUCAGAGCGCUGAGCCUUCCCCAGUUCUCUGGCCCUGCUUCUUUCUUGCAGGGCCUGGCCAUGGCCACCGCUUGCUGUGGGGUUUGGGUGCGUUUCCCUCACGGGAAGCUGGGCUCAGGGCUGCGUGCAGCUCAGUGCUUGUUAACAGGAGACGGACAGCUAGUCACAUCAUGAUUUUGGUUUCCUCUUUGGUAAAUGCAAUGGGAAAACACUCUGCCAAGCCCCAGCAAGCAGAUCUCAGUGGGGACAUCUCAGGACUCUGCUCCAGGGUCUUCGGUUGCAGCCUGCACCGCAGCUACUGGGUCAGCCGAGGCACAGGUACCUGCUGGGGGCGGCUGUCCCUCUGCCUGCUGCUGCUGUGGGGUCAGGGCAGAGCUGGAAUCUGGCCCUGGAGAGGGAGGAGGAAGGAAGCUGCCUGGUACCAGGAGCUGCUGGAUCUGAGCAGGGAGAGGGCAGAGCUGGUCUCAGCGGGCAGACACUUCCUGCCGCCUGCCUGGGUGUCUCCAGCUGCCAGCAGCACGAGAGCAGGGCUGAAAACACCCCGGCAGCAGCUCUGAUGUUUGCUAACGUGUCCUCUCCCACCGCUUUGCAAAGGCCACGUGCUCCACCUGCAUGACAGAGCUGCAGCGGAGACCUCAGGCCUGGCUCCCUUCUGAUUAAUGGUUUCCUGUGAUACCCAUCAGCAGCACAGCCACGGGAGGAUGGCCGGCCCUGCCUGCCUUUGCUGCUCUGGCAGCAAUCUCUGAUGACGUUUUGUUAUUGUCGUUUUACUGUCUUCUCUCCCCGGUCCCCAAAGAGCGCUGGGCACGGUCCAAGCACACGCAGGCUUGCACGCCCGCGCGCAGAAAGAGCUCCGGCUCUAAUUUUAGCCGUGACAUGUAUGCAGGGAGUGAGCAGCUGGGAGGAGGCAGGGUGUGAAGGGACGAGGAGGUCCCAGCUGUUGGGCCACCAUGACUCACCCAAACUGGUCACUGGCACUCGCUGCUUUGGGGUCUGGGGCUCCUUCCUUGUGGGCAUCCCAGGGCAAUUUGGCCACUGGCACGGCCUUUGCCACAGCAUGGGGGGGGGAACAGGCUCCUGAACACUGCCUGCUCCCAGCUGCUGGGGCUGCACAAAGGAUGCCCUAAGGAGAUGGGAGGGAAUGGCUUUGAGGGAAACUGUUGUAUCCCUCGUUUGCAGAAGGGGUUUGGUUGUGCAACAUCACCUUAGGGUGUCACUUCCAAGUGCCUGUGCCAGAGAGGGGCCCCCUGCUCCCGCACUCACCGAGCACCACAUGUUCUGCAGGGGCAAACCAGCGUUUCAGAUCCGAGGGGACAAGCGGCUGGGUGCCGGGGGUCCCUUCUCUCCCUGGGCGCCUUUUGCUUGCGCGUCCUUCACCAGGGGUGAGCCUGUCUGGGGCUGUGUGCAGAGGAAGUGCAGUUGGUUAUUUUAAUGAGCGCUGUCAGGGUUUGCAGCGCGGGGAGGAGGCGGAGGGAGCAGCGGAGCGCUCGCUCACCAAACUAGGACUUGGUCGGGGAGGGCUGGCCUGCCGCUGCUCCGCAGCCACUGCUGCCCACUCGUCACCUGCGGGGACCUCAGCGCCAUUCCGGAUCAGCCACCACCGGGCGCAAUGGAAACCUUUUUUAAGAGGCACUUUGGGAAGAAGGGGCUGCCAGGCCCGCGGCGAGCCAGCGUGGUGGCCGUGCCCACAGGCAAGGCCCGCCGUCGCUCCCAGGCUGGGCUGCCCUCUGCUUCACUGGCCCAGCGCCGUCGUGGCUCGGAGGCCCCGCUGCCAGCCCUCUCCUGUUUGCCCCUGCCCCGCCGCCGCAGCCCCCGCCGCCGCUCCAGCACCACACCGCCAUGCCUCAGCCCCCGCUUCGCCGUGAAGCAGCAGCGCGGGGGCUGCCCCCCGGCUAUCGAUGCCACACUGCUGGGGCCCCCCGUGCUGCUGGCCGGCCUCCUCCCCACCGGGCAGGACGGUGCCAGGGAUGCCUCCAACUCCUGGUCUGCAGAGGACGGCAAUGGCAGGGUGGAUCGGAGCAGGUGGUGGGCUGAGGAGAGCUGGCUGGGCAUGCUGCCCCGGCUGCGGCCGCUGCAGGCCAGGCUGCUGACACGGGGCCCCCGCUGCCUGCGCCGUGCCUCCUCCCACCGCCUGCCCACCGAUGUUGGCUGCAGUCGGGCUCCCCACGGCCUGCCAGGCCGCUACCGCCGCCUCAGCCAGCGCCGCCGCUCCAGCGAUGUCCUCUGGCCCGGGCUGCUGGCCACCAGCCGCACAUGGUGGCUGGCCCAGCAGUACGCAGGGGGUGCCUUCCCUGAGUGCUUGAGACCAGAACCAGCCUGCUGCCCCGACGGCUGGAGCCCCAGGCUGCUGAAAGCUAUUGCCAAGUCCAGCCUCCAGCACAUGGUAGCCCAGCCAAACCCCGUGCUAGCCCUGAGGAGCGAGUCAGAGAGGCAGAUACGCAGCACUGUGGACUGGAGCGAGACUGCAGUCUAUGGGGAGCACAUCUGGUUUGAGACCAAUGUCUCUGGAGAUUUCUGCUACGUUGGGGAGCAGAACUGCAUGGCCAAGCUGCUGCAAAAACCUCUCUCCAGGCGUAAGUGUGCAGCUUGCAAGAUCAUAGUGCAUACGCCCUGCAUAGAACAGCUGGAGAAAAUAAAUUUCCGCUGCAAACCUUCCUUCAGGGAGUCGGGAUCUCGGAAUGUACGGGAGCCCAUAGUUGUCCGACAUCACUGGGUGCAUCGGAGGCGACAGGAAGGGAAAUGCCGGCAGUGUGGCAAGGGUUUCCAGCAGAAGUUUGCCUUCCACAGUAAGGAGAUUGUAGCCAUCAGCUGUUCCUGGUGCAAGCAAGCGUAUCACAGCAAAGUGUCAUGUUUCAUGCUGCAACACAUUGAAGAGCCCUGCUCGCUAGGGGCUCACGCUGCUGUCGUUGUUCCUCCCACCUGGAUUUUGCGGGUCCGACGGCCCCAGAAUCCAAUGAAAUCCAGUAAGAAGAAGAAGAGGACAUCAUUUAAGCGAAAAUCCAGCAAAAAGGGUGCUGAGGAAGGGAGGUGGAAACCUUUUGUCAUCAAGCCCAUGCCAGCUCCUCUUAUGAAGCCCUUGCUGGUGUUUGUGAACCCCAAGAGUGGUGGGAAUCAGGGAGCCAAGAUCAUCCAGUCCUUCAUGUGGUAUCUCAACCCACGGCAAGUUUUUGACCUCAGCCAGGGUGGUCCCAAGGAGGCGCUGGAGCUGUACCGCAAGGUCCACAACCUACGGAUCCUGGCAUGUGGGGGAGAUGGCACGGUGGGCUGGAUACUCUCCAUUCUAGACCAGCUGCGCCUCAACCCACCUCCUCCUGUGGCCAUCUUGCCGUUGGGGACAGGCAAUGACUUGGCCAGGACACUGAACUGGGGCGGGGGUUACACAGAUGAGCCUCUGUCCAAGAUCUUGUCACAUGUAGAAGAUGGGAACAUUGUGCAGCUCGAUCGCUGGAACCUCCAUGUGGAAGCAAACGCCGAAGCAAACUCUGAGGAAAAGGAUGAGGCAGCUGCUGAUAAGCUUCCCUUGGAUGUCUUUAAUAACUACUUCAGCCUUGGUUUUGAUGCCCGGGUGACGCUGGAGUUUCACGAAUCCCGAGAGGCCAAUCCAGAGAAGUUCAACAGUCGGUUUCGGAAUAAAAUGUUCUAUGCUGGGACGGCUUUCUCUGACUUCCUCACAGGGAGCUCCAAAGAUUUAGCGAAGCACGUCAAGUUGGUUUGUGAUGGGACAGACCUGACCCCCAAAAUCCAGGACCUGAAGCCCCAAUGUUUGGUCUUCCUGAACAUCCCCAGAUACUGUGCAGGCACAAUGCCCUGGGGCAACCCCGGAGAGCACCAUGACUUCGAGCCGCAGCGCCAUGAUGAUGGCUGCAUUGAAGUCAUUGGCUUCACCAUGACAUCCCUGGCUGCUUUGCAGGUGGGUGGCCACGGAGAGAGGCUGUGCCAGUGCCGGCAGGUGGUCCUCACCACAUCGAAGGCCAUCCCCAUGCAGGUAGAUGGGGAGCCCUGCAAGCUGGCAGCUUCCUGCAUCCACAUCUCCCUGCGCAACCAAGCCAACAUGGUGCAGAAGACCAAGCGGCGCAACUCCAUGCCUCUGCUCAACGACCAGCAGCCGGUGCCUGAGCGGCUGCGAAUCCGAGUGAGCCGAAUCAGCAUGCGUGAUUACGAGGCACUGCACUAUGACAAGGAAAAGCUGAAGGAAGCCUCUGUGCCGCUGGGGAUCAUCGUGGUUCCAGGGGACAGUGACCUGGAGUUGUGCCGGACCCAAAUUGAGAGGCUGCAGGAGGAAGGAGAUGGAGCCAAACCGAAGACACUGUCAUCCCAGAAACUAUCACCAAAGUGGUGCUUCCUGGACUCAACCACAGCAGAUCGAUUCUACAGGAUAGAUCGUGCACAGGAGCACCUCAACUAUGUGACAGAGAUCUCUCAGGAUGAGCUCUAUGUGCUGGACCCAGAGCUGGUGAUCACGCAGACAGUGGGCACCUCUCCUGCCAUGCCUGACCUUGUCGACUCAUCUGCCACACCUCCUGGGCACCAUUUUGCUUUCCCUUCCUCUUCCUCCUCUCCACCAUGCUCUCCUGCUCCUAGUGCCGAGGCUGAGCUCUGCCUCCCACACAAAGAUGACCUGAUAGAAGCUGCCAAGAGCGGCAACUUCAGCAAGUUCCAAGAGCUGCACCGGGCUGGAAGAGACCUGAUGGUGCGAGACUCCUCGGGCCGAACUGUCCUCCACCACGCCGUCAUAUCAGGGAGCAAGGACAUCGUCAAAUACAUAAUUGAGAAUGCUCCUUCAGAAAUCCUCGAUGCCACAGAAGAAGAGAACGGCGAAACCAGCUUGCACCAGGCUGCAGCUCUACGCCACCGCACUAUCUGCCACUACAUCGUGGAGGCUGGGGCAUCGCUCAUGAAGACUGACCUGCAGGGAGACACCCCUAAGCACAGGGCUGAGAAAGCCAAUGACCCCGACCUGGCUGCCUACCUCGAGAACCGACAGCACUACCAGAUGAUCCAGCGGGAGGACCAGGAGACAGCUGUGUAGUGCUCAGCGUGCCUUAGCCCAACCAGCUUGGGCAGGAUGAGAAGAGGACGGCACCUGGCAGAGCUGUGAGUCUGGCCCAGCCCUCCCUACACGUCAGCCCCAGUCCCCAGAGGAGAUGGAGACAGCAGGGCUGUGCCCCAGGCUGGGCUGGGACUCUGUUUAUGAGGACUGUGGGUAUUUGGGACUUGAAGCCCUGCUCUUUGUGCGUCCCCCUUUGCCUCUCAUCCACCACAUUCCCCGCCCUGGAUGGGCUCCAUCCCAGAGCCCCACUGAGGCAGGCAGGGAUGGAGCAAUACAUCACCCUCGCGCAGGCGAGCAGUGCCAGUGCCCCCAGCAGGUUCUUACCUAUGAUCCCCGCAGGACGCCAUUGCUGGCCCCUCCGCCUGCCUGCGGUGCCGCUCCAUUAGGCACUUCACCUUCUCCAGAAGAAGCACCAUGACGUACUGCCUCUGAGUCCUGUUCUCUCCUGUCGGCCUGGGACUGCCCUUGGUCUCUGUGGCAGGAGACAAGUCCCUUGUGUUAGGGAACGUACACCCACCCCUUCCUCAGAGCAUCUGGGACUGACACAGCUGGAUGCAGGGCAGCUGCUGCCCUCCUGGCUGCUUUCAGUGCUGAGCCUGUGCUGCUCUCAGGGAUCUCACCGUGCUCCCAACCUGUGUAACCGCUGUAUAUGGCUUCUGCUAUCCCCACAAACCAGACUCAGGGUCUUGCAGGGAAACCUGGGAUGUCCCGCAGCCCAGGCACAAGCUCUCUGGAUAGGCUGCCAGUACACCCCCACAGGUUUUAGCAGAAAGAGGGAUUUGGAUGCAUAGGAAGCAUCAGGAUCCCCAGCCCUGAGUCAUGCGUGUGACAGGAUGGCAUUUGGGGUACUACCUGCCAUGGGACACGAGGUGCCAUCUGCCCUGCAGGGGCCAUGAGUGCUGGAGUAGCACAGCAGCCCUUGAGCAUGCACUUUUGCAGAGCAGCAGUCCCUGGCUGCAGGUUGCCAGCAGAGGAGGAGGGCAGACUGCUGUUGGCAUUGGUGCGUUCAAGCGAGAGGUGUGUGCAAAGCAGGUCUGGGUUUGCAGCUCACAGGUGGGGUCCCAGGAGAGGAGGCUGGGGCAUCCCCAGUGUGCACUCGCACCCGACUGUGUCUGUGCUGAGUGACACUGCUCACAUCCCCCUACAACACAAAUACUGAAGAAAAAAACGUAUCACGACACCGCAAAGAACCACAAUGCUGAUCAGGCUUUAGGCUGGGGCAGAGUUGCCUUUGAGGCCAUGGGGCAGCUGGACCAGUGCAGUGCAUGAGGCUACUGCUGGGGUUCAGUGAUUAAUAUCAUUGCUGUCCCGAUGGCGAUGCUCCAGCAGCACCAGGAGUUCCCAUCAGUGCUGCUCAUUUGUGGACAAACGCUGUCAUCUUCCCAAAGGUGCAAACUGCUGCCCCAUCUGGGGGCCCAGCUCCCCUUUCUCCCCCUUCUCCCCAGUUUGUACGUCCCUGUUUUUGUACAGGUAGUUCAGAGACACACUGUCCCCCUCCCCGCCAGGCCCCGCGCGCGAGCCGAGUUGCUGUGCAAUUCCGAGCCUGGCUGGUGUGUAGGCAGAGGCGGAGGGGUGUUGGUAGCCUUGUCCUCGUGGGGCAGGGGUUCUGUGCAAUACCCGGUUUGGUGUUCCCAGACGCUGUUGUAGGACUGUAUUUUUUGUAACUCUGUGAGUGAGUGCCGGCUCUAGCAGGCCCAGGGCCUGGCGUGAGCCCGCACUCCCAUCGCUUUUUGACUUUUGACUGUUUGGAUGUUGUUGUUUCUUGCCAUUGAAAUAAAAAAAAAUGGAUGUUUUAAUU